CACCGAGUUGUUUUUUUUUUCUUUUUCCUUUUUUUUUUUUUUUAAUUUUUUCCUUCUUCUUCUGCCGCGUACCUGUGAGAUUCGAUUUCACAUUUUGCUGAGCCCAUUUUGGGGCAUUUUAUUUUUCUUUCUCUUGGGAUUUUCUCCAUUGCCAGAGGAUGUCUCUUGUUGAGAGGAUGCUGAAAGGAAGAAGAAACGAAUUCUUUGACUGGCACUGAAGGAGUGGGGGGGUAUUUUUCCCCCUCAUUUUUUAGUUUUUUUUCAUUAUUCUUUUCCUCUAGGAAAUCAUUAACUGGGGGGGGGGUUGGUUUCUUUUUUCCCUCCCCCCCUUUUUUGGAGGGGGAUUUCGGAAGAUCCAUCUUUCUUUCCCCUCCCCUCCAAAGAUUUUUUUUUUCAUCCUUCGUCUUUGUGGAAAUGUGGACAUUUCAGGCAGACAGAUUGAGUGGAAUUGUCUCUGCUUUAGCAGCUCUUUGUGUCGCCUGCUGUGCGCAAAGCCCCUCCACUGGAAAUAUUUCUGUGGUGAAAGAGAUUGUGGACAAACUGCUGAAGGGCUAUGACGUCCGCCUCAGGCCUGACUUUGGAGGCAACCCUGUCACAGUGGGAAUGAGCAUCCACAUCUCCAGCAUUGACCAGAUCUCUGAAGUCAACAUGGAUUACACCAUCACCAUGUACUUCCAGCAGAGCUGGCGGGACAAACGCCUGGCUUACAACGACCUUCCUCUCAACCUGACUCUGGACAACAGGGUGGCUGACCAGCUGUGGCUGCCUGACACCUACUUCCUGAACGACAAGAAGUCCUUUCUGCACGGGGUGACAGUGAAGAACCGCAUGAUUCGGCUCCAUCCUGACGGGACCGUCCUGUAUGGCCUGAGGAUCACCACCACGGCCGCCUGCAUGAUGGACCUGCGGAGGUACCCCCUGGACCAGCAGAACUGCACGCUGGAGAUCGAGAGUUAUGGUUACACGGUGGAUGACAUUGUCUUCUUCUGGCAAGGGAAUGACUCUGCUGUCACAGGGAUGGAGGUGCUGGAGCUGCCCCAGUUCACCAUCAUCGAGCAGAGGCUGGUCAGCAGGGAAGUGGUCUUCACCACUGGUUCAUAUCUGCGCUUGUCCCUGAGUUUCCGGAUUAAGAGGAACAUUGGUUACUUCAUCCUGCAGACCUACAUGCCAUCCAUCCUCAUCACCAUCCUGUCCUGGGUCUCCUUCUGGAUCAAUUAUGAUGCUUCUGCUGCACGAGUGGCACUGGGGGUCACCACGGUGCUUACCAUGACAACCAUCAACACCCACCUGCGGGAGACUCUCCCCAAGAUCCCCUACGUCAAGGCUAUUGAUGUUUAUCUCAUGGGCUGCUUCGUCUUCGUGUUCCUGGCACUCCUGGAGUAUGCUUUUGUCAACUACAUCUUCUUUGGCCGAGGGCCCCGGCAGCAGAAGAAGCAGAGCGAGCGCAUCAGCAAGGCCAACAACGAGCGCCACCGUUACGAGGAGAAGAGGGUGAGAGAGCAGGUCGACCCUUACGGUAACAUCCUCCUCAGCACGCUGGAGAUGAACAACGAGCUGCUGGCCACAGACAUGAUGAGCAGCGUGGGCGACUCUCGAAACUCUGUCAUGUCCUUCGAAGGCUCAGGAAUCCAGUUCCGCAAGCCGCUGGCCUCUCGGGAUGGCUUUGGCCACCACCCAACCCUGGACCGCCACGUCCCGCUCGCCCACCACGCCGCCGCCCGCAACCGCGCCAACUGCCGCCUGCGCCGGCGGUCGUCCAAGCUGAAGCUCAAAAUCCCAGACCUGACAGACGUCAGCACCAUUGACAAGUGGUCACGGAUCAUUUUUCCGAUCACUUUUGGAUUCUUCAACCUUGUUUACUGGUUGUACUAUGUAAAUUGA